AUGAAAUCACCUAUCAUGUCUCUCCAACUGCUUCUCCACACCCUGUCCAUGAAGGCAGACAUGGAGACAAAGAACUACAGCAGCAACUCAGGCUUUAUCCUCCUGGGCAUCUCUUCCAACCCUCAGCUACAGAAACCACUCUUUGCCAUCUUCUUCAUCAUGUACCUGGUCACUGUCAUGGGCAAUUUACUCAUCAUUCUGGUUAUCCACUCUGACUCCCGACUACAUACCCCCAUGUACUUUUUCCUCAGCAACCUGUCCUUCACAGAUAUCUGCUUCACAACAGUUAUUGUGCCCAAGAUGUUGGCAAAUUUACUAUCAGAGACCAAGGCUAUCUCCUUCGUGGGUUGCCUGGUCCAGAUGUAUUUUUUCAUGGCCUUUGCAAAUACCGACAGUUACCUGUUGGCCUCUAUGGCCAUAGACCGGCUGGUAGCCAUCUGCAACCCCUUCCAUUAUGAUACAGUCAUGAACCCACGGCGUUGCCACCUCAUGCUGCUGGCUUCUUGCACCAUCUCC